CAUUUCGUCGAGAGAUGAGUAACCCUUAGAUUACGAAAAAUACCUGAGCAAGCCUAAUGUAUUUAGGAAUCAGUGUCUGUUAUCGCUAUGGCGUUACAGUUUAAAGUGAUAUGCUUAGGUCAUAAAUAUGAAUUUUGUAUUACUACUGUUAGUUUUUUAUCGUUUUUUUUGAGCGAAUGAUCGAAAUCAAUAGGCUCUGCUGCAUUUAACUUUUAUUUUUAAGUACGUUGUGUUACUGUAAUCGUUAUUCUAUUAACUUAGGUGAUGACAUAUUUGUUCAAACAGUUGAAAAGUUUAGUAUAAAAUAUAUAUUAUUUGAAAAAAUAUGUAAAUUUAUCGACAUUUUAGUUUCAUACAGUAAAAAUCUAAUUUAAUAUAUCAACAUCGUCACAAGUGAACGCGGCUAUUAAAAAUUUUAAAGCAAACUUAACCUAUGUAUUGGCAUACUCUCAGACACGGGUUACCUUUUUAGCUUCGGGCACAUUUUAGUUCGAAAUUCGACUACUCUCCAGACUAUAGUCAGGCUUUUUAAAAAGAUAUUAAGGAGCAAUAGGAAGGAUUGCGUGGACUGGGAAAUUUUUGAUAGCGUUAAUACGAAUAGAUCUAGGUAGACCUAUCUAUAUAUAAGGUUUAAUUUUUGUUUCGUUCAGGCGUGAGUCGGCAAUAUUUCGCAACUUUCACUUAUUCACUUAAUAAUCAAACUGUAGUUCGUAGUACUACUUGUUCAAGUGCAAAUAACGCUAGGCUUAAGAAGUUAACGUUCAGUCUUUCAAAUUUUUCUACUGAAAUUUAAAAAGUUAGCACUAGUACUACUAUUAGAGCAGUAGACAGUAACUUGAGUAAGGUUAUUGUACGUGUAGUGUUGAACAAUCACUGCAAUUAUACCUACACAUGGGGAAGAGGAGAAAACUGGAUAAAAAUGCAUCAGGUUACGAACUAGCCUCAGUAGCAAUUUUGUGUGGACUCAGCCUUCCAGACUGUAUUUUGCUAAAGAUUUUUCGUUUUUUAAGUUUCAAAGAACUCUGCAGUGCUGCUAGAGUUUGUAAGACUUGGAACAGGAUAGCCAAGGAUGACAGUCUUCGGAGAAAAAUAGAUGUAAGAGACACUUCUUUAACUGUAAACCAAGCCUGGAAGUUGCUUCGUCAUCACGGGACCUCAGUCCUCUUUGACUUGCGUCUUCGAGGCUUUCUUGCUCGGCAGAAACAGGGUAAGCCAGGAGGAAAAAGUGAGACCACCACUCAGGCUUUUUUGCUAGCUCUUGCACGUCGUUGCCCUCAUCUUCACAGACUGACAUUAGAAGAAGUCUAUUUGCCAAAAUCCAAAGUAACCAGUAAAGAUUUUCCACAACAUCUUCAGCAUUUAAGUCUGAAAGCAUCACACUUUAUGCCUGAUAGUUUUCUUUCUAGUCCAUUUUUUCCAAACCUUGUUUGUUUGGACCUUUCCUUUUGUAUUUUGUUAACUAGUCAUGACCUCGAUAUCAUUGCAAGAUGCCAAGCUCUACGUGUACUCAACAUUGAGGGAAACUAUCGUAUAAAUAGUGGUGGAAUCAACCAUCUUCAACCAAUCUUAGGGCAGAUUCAGGUUCUGAACAUAGAAAGUACAGAAGUGAAUAAUGUUGGUGUUUCUCAAAUUCUGCAGCAAGGACAGUCACUGGAAGAGCUUUUUUUAGGACAUUUAAAGCUAGAUGACAGUCCCAUUUUGAAAGUGAGAAGAAGUUCCCUCUUGUGUCUCCACACACUCUGUGUUAUCCACACUGAGGUUGGUGAAACGGGACUGGUUCAUUUGGUUUCGCAAGUGCCUUCAUUAAGACUCUUGUAUGUAAAUUCAGAGAUUGAACUGGCUUCGAUACAAGAAAAGAUUGCUAACACUUCACCAGCUUCUCGUGUCGAACAUUUUGGGAAAGAUGGUUUUCAUAACCGCUCAAUCUGGGGCACGAGCUGUGGUCACCCACUCAAUCAUAAAUGUAGCAACAAUUAAAGGUAAACAGUAUCAUAAAGAAUAAACCUCAGGCUAUGCGAAGAAGAAAAGUUUCGAGUUUUCUUGUCAGUAUAAAAAUUACUGUAAUUUCAGACUACUCGUUUCUGCUGGAGCUAGCAGACAGUGUUUAAAAUCCGUAAAGUGCUUCACCACAAGGAAUGAUAAGUAGUAACCUCUUCUUAUGAGAAACUCGUACUGUGUCAGAUAAAAAAAACACAUUCAGAAAUGAUAACUGAAAUGUUAUGUGUGGAUCCAUAAAAUGUAAAAUUAAGGGGAGCCUUUUUUUGACUGUUUAAAUUAACUUAAAUGAUUUUGUUUUUAAACAUUAUUUUCAAAGUUAAUGGAUUUCACACAUAUUUGUUGAAGUAAUAAAUAUCUAUGUUUGAAGAAAUUACACAAUUAUUUUCAUUUGUUUUAAAUAACCACAUUAAAAUAUACAUAUAUUGGUGGAUUUGUAACUGUUCAGUAAAGUGAGCUGGAACAGUUAAUUUCAUAUAAACAAGUUUUAACAAAAUCUUUUAUGUUAAGAGGCAAAGUUCUGUAGAGAUACUUUUGAGAUAGAAAAAAAAAAAGGUAUACAUUUUAAAUUUCAGUGAACUGAAUGAAUUGAACUGGUAUUAAGUGAUGUUUCUUGUUUGUUUUUUUUGUGUGUGUGUUGAAAAACACAAUAAACAUCUAACCUGACUUCCUUUUUGAACUGUGAAUUUUGUUCGUCAGUAUGUAUUAGAAAUGUUAAGGUAAUUCUGUAAUCACAUUUCAAAGUUUAUGGAACUUGUUAGAUAAAUUUAAAUAUUGGUAGGAGUUUGAACCUAGUAAUGUCAGUGUAGCAUACUUUGUGUUCUUAAACUACCAUGCAAAUGUGAUUUGCAGACAAACUAAAUUGGGUUAGUGAAGUAGAAUCUGUAUUGUUCCUUUACAUUUAUGAGUGACUUCUAAUGAUUGACUGGUCUUCUGUUCCACGUAUUUAUAUUUUAUAAAGUUUGCUCGUUGAAAUAGUGCUAUACCUAGUGGUAGCACUGAUGUACCCCAAGUGUCAUUUUGUCUCCAAGUUGAUUCUUGUGGUCAUAAUUCUGAUUCUGGGUGUUGUUAGUGAUCGUAGGACAGCCACAUUUUGAUACGUUGGUGAAUCUGAUAAUGUAUUUAAUUAAAACAGUACAUUGUUCAUAUGGUUAUAGAUUUUUGUUGAUAUUUUCUUAGCAGUAUUUGCUGGUAAUUUUAAUUUAAACAAAGUUGUGUGUCAAAACUUUGUAAGUACUAUUUAAAAAAAUGUCUUUAAUUAAGGUUUAUUUUUACAAAAAUGUAUCUAAAUUUUUUGUGUAUUUACUUUUGUAGUCUGGAUACAACCUUUUUUUCUUUUUUGGCAUAGAUUAAUAUACAGAUACUGUAUCUAGUUCUUAUUCUUUCCUCCAGAGGAACAAAAUUAUUUUGUUAUAAAUUAGUUUAUAAUUAAUAUGAGAAAUGUAUAUGAUAAUGUAUUGUUAUUCCUAUUAAAAAUCUAAUUCCUGUAAAAAAAAAAAAUUAUCUCUGAAUUUUGUCUCUGGUUUAAGCUUAAUGUAUGAUCAAUUAUGCAAAACAAACUGACUUUUGUACAGUGUUUUCAUUAAUACAUGCAAGUUCUUGUUGUUGAGUGUGGUGUUGUAGUGUUUGCUAAUACUUUUUUUUUUAUCACGAGUCUUGUACUUGCUAAUAUUAAACUGUUCUUAAACCUAAAAUAUUCGGCUUUUCAACUUCUCCCCAAACUUUAUGUGUUAUAAUGUGUUACUGAUUGUCUUGCCCUAUACAUUGAGGAGGAAUACUUUAUGUGUUAUAAUGUGUUACUGAUUGUCUUGCCCUGUACAUUGAGGAGGAAUACUUUGUGUUACUGAUUGUCUUGCCCUAUACAUUGAGGAGGAAUAUUUACAGAAUGUAAAAUGUUUUGUUAUAACUGCAAAAAAGAGGGGGGGGAUUAUCUUAUUUACUCAUCAUUAUUCUCUUAUCAUUAGAGUAAGCUAUGUAGCAACAAAAGUAUUUACCAGAGUAUGAGACUAGAAGAGUGGUUUAAAUAUUAGAAAGUUAAGACCACAUUCUAUGUGUUUCUGUUCAAUGGGCUUAUAGAGAAAGAUAAUUUAAUUUUAAUCUUGCAGUAAUGAUAUUGAACUAAGUACAAGAGUGUCGCUAAGGGAUGAAAAAAUGUGGUCAGUUUUGGGGUUUUUUUCCCCAAGGAUGUUCAGGGAUAGGUGUCUAUCUUCAUUUGCCCAUGAGAGCAUGUUGAAUCGAGGGUUGUGAGUUUCUUUUGUGUGGUAUGGCAGAAGACAAGGAAAAGCGAAUGAAGAAAGAUGUAUGUUUUACAAUGGAUUGGAGGAUCUUUUCAAGGCUCUGAAAGGUUGGGGUGUUAUCUGUUUAGCUGAUGGAUGAUAUAUCAUUAGCUGGAGCUCCCAGUGGCACAGGGUAUGUCUGCAGACUUACAACACUAGAAUUCGGGUUUCAGAACUUAGAUAGCCCAUUGUUUUGCUUUGUGCUUAACUUCAAACAAAAAAUCCUUAGCUGGAGCAGAGGGGCUAUUAAUUGCAUAAUUUCAUAGUUUCUAAUGGUUGAAGUGUAAGUAAUUGGUAGUACUUAAUCUUGUGAUAGAUAAAAUAAUGAGUAAAGAAAAAUUUGGAAUUUUUGGGCUAGUUGAUCCCCCUGGUGAAUAUCCACCUCCAUCCAUCAAGGAAAGGGUAGGUAGUCAAGAUUUUGGAGUUUAGUUUAUGAAAAAUAAUGGAAACUGAUGUUGAAUGGGGGAAGAGAAGGAGAUGAGUAGUUGUUGGUCAUUGGAAGGGGUGGGCAGAAAUGCUUUAGCUUUGGUGAUAUGUUAUCUUCUUAUUGCAGAUAUUUUUUAUUGUGGGCGGUCAUUCAGGUAUUCGUAGUACUGAUGGUAAAGUACUUUCCAAGGCAUUGGAUAAUACAAAUAUCCCUUUCUUCAGUAACUGCUUGGGGUUGUAGGCUCCUCUAUGAGGUUAUGCUUCUUUAAAAAUCGUCACUGUUAUUGUUGAUAAAAAUCACAAGGUGAGAGGAUUUUUUGCCACCGUAGAGGAGAAGAUAGAUAUAUUAAAAUCCUAUAUAACUAAAGUGCUGCCAUCUUCUGGCAGUUUUGGUAUAUCCACGGAUAAGCAGAGGUAUAGCGAAACCAUGAGUGUUUAUUAAAAAAACUUAAUUUGGGGUUAUACAGUCGUUUAUUUUUAGAAGUAAAUAGGAUGUGAUUUUUUAUUAUGAUUAAAACGCCAGACAAUAAUUUGAGAUUUGUAUAUUGUCAUCUUAGGAGAAAAACUUUGUUUACUAAUUCUUUUGUUAGAUUAAAAAAAAGGGGGAGGUUUUUUUUUGUUUUAUGUGACCUGUAGAAAUACAUCUUGUAUGAAAGAUUUAAAUGUGUGUUUUUCAAAUUUAUAAAAUUAAUUUUUUUAUUUUAAUAAUAAUUAACUCAUUUUUUCUCCAAUUAGAUGGAUACUAGUAGAUUAAAUGUAAGUGACUUGUAACUUUGGAAGAUUUCUAUUUUGUUUUAUCAACCAAACUCAUCCGCUUUGAAGAAAUAUCGAACUUACAAAAUAGUCGGUAGAUGACGCCACAUAUAAGAAUGAAAGACAAGUGUAAGAUACAGGAGUAUGAUUACUGUGUAAAAUAAUAAUUUGCUUGUUGCUUUCUGUGAAAAUAAAAUGAGAACUUUUGUUUAUCUG